CAAAAUAGAAAAAAUAAAAUAUCAAAUUUCAAAUAAAUAAUGAUUUUAAAUUAUUUGUAAAACUUUAAAGGCCUGCAGUUUUAAUUGAAAUUUUAUGAUAUCAUCAAGCGUUCGUUCCGUAGAAACCUAGGAUUAGUGAUAUUUUUGACAUAUUGGAGUCUCACGACAGCUGCUUUCGUAGGUCAUUAUUUUUUGUUCGCCAAUAUGGGAGAAUCCAAGGAAAAACUUAUAACUGCUGUUAAGCAUUAUCAGGACAGUUUGGAGAGGCACACCAAAACUGGGAAUGUCGACAAACUACUUCAUGCAAUUGAGAAACUUGCAAAGCUUCCCAUCAAAGUAUGUCAUUUAGAAGAAACUGGAGUAGGACGUACUGUUAAUGGACUUAAAAAAUUUGAAGGCUCAGUUGGAGAAAAUGCCAGAGGCCUGGUCGACAAAUGGAAAAAUAUGGUCAAGGGAGAAGAAGAGGAAGAGGAACGAGCCAGGUUAGAGAACAAACAGGAAAUGCAGGAGGAGGAGGAGGAAGAUGAAGAAAAUGAUACUUCCCAUGAAGAUAAUCUCCAAAUAAUUGAACCGGAAGAAGAGACAACAGAAGAAAACAUUGAAGUGAUUAAUAAUUCUAGUCAUAGGCAAUCAAGUAGUUCAAAUAGGCAAUCACAUAGUAGUAAGAAUUCAAGUCGUCAUAAAAAAUCUAAGAGGCAGACUAGCAGUGAUAGUGAUUCUUCUGGGUCAAAUCAUCAAUCCAAAAGGCAUAAGUCUAGCAAAAACUAUAGAAAUGAAAAGGAUAGUGAUAGUGAUUCAGAGUCCUCGGAUAGUUCUAGAGAAAGAUCAUCAAAAACUAAAUACAAGUCAAGAAAAUCGUCUUCAGAGUCUGGUGAUGAUUCUAGUAAUGAUAGUCAAGAAUAUUCAUCUAGUGCAAAACAUAAAUCGAAAAGUAGCAAGGAAUCCAAGGACAGAAGAUACAAAAAAUCUAGUUCAGAUAGUGACAGAGAUACGCAUAAAUCCAGAGACAAGUAUCAUUCCAGUAAAGAUAAAUCAAGAGAUCAUAGUAAAUCAAAAUCUGAAAAGGAAUCUAGUUCGAAAAAAGAGGCUAGUUCAAAAAGUAGAUCAGAAAUCAAACAUGAAAAAGACAAAAAGUCUUCUAGCAGGAGUCAUGACAAAAAGAAAGAAAGUUCUAGGUCUCACAGGGAAAACGGGAAAACCUCUGAGGAAAAAAAAAGACAUAGGGAGUCUUCUGCAGACAAAGAAGCCAAAAGACAGAAAAAUGAAUAUUCAGAUAAUCAAGAUUCAUCUUCAAGUAAAAAUAGGGAUAAAGAUAAAAAGAAAUCGGAAGAUAGCAGCAGGAAAGAUACAGACAAAAAAAAAUCCUCUUCAAAAGACAAACCCAAAUCCUCCGUUUCAAAAAUGGUCGACUUGGACUGCAUAGAUUCUGGUUCUGGAACCAGCUUCGCUGCAGCUUUGGGCAUGUUAGCUCCAGUGACCACUAAACCCAAAAAAAAGAUUGUAGACAUUAGUCAACCAUCUAAAAGCAGUAGUUCAAAUGGAACAUCUUCAAAAAGUAGUAGUUCAAAAAAAUCAUCAUCAAAACGUAGCAGUUCUAAGGAAUCAUCUCCAAAAAGUAGCAAUUCGAAAGAAUCAUCGUCAAAAAGAAGCAGUUCAAAAGAAUCAUCGUCAAAAAGAAGCAGUUCAAAAGAAUCAUCAUCAAAAAGAAGCAGUUCAAAAGAAUCAUCAUCAAAAAGUAGUAGUUCAAAUGGAACAUCACCAUCAAAAAGUCAUUACAAAACUAGCGAAGCAACAAAUUCAAAAAAUGUAGGGGUAGAAGAAGUUGAUUUAUUCAAGACUCCAACUAAUUUAGAGCCACUACCUGAAGAUAUUGACAUAUCAAAUCUACUACCACAGAUUACACCUCAUUAUAAGCCUCUUGGAGUGUCAUUCGAUGGGUUUAGGAGAAAUUUGACAGAUGAUGAAGCUUUGUCUAGAGUAAUAACUGCAAAACAUCAGAGAACAAAAGUAUAUUCGGGAAAUAAAACCACCUACACAAAAGUACCCAGCCUCUUUGAUAUUUGCUGUAGAAUCUUACAAGACAACAUAGACGCUCUAGAGUAUACUGGCGGAGUACCGUACUCUAUCCUGAAACCGAUUUUAGAAAAAGCCAAUCCUGACCAACUCUAUCAGCUAGAAUUCCACAAUCCGUACCUGAUCGAGGACAGCGAUGAAUUGUGGCAGUUGCAUUGCCAGAAAGAAUUUAGAAAUAAGAAGAAGGAAGAAAUGGAGUCGGGAAGGGAAAUGUAUUUGAGAUGUUUGGACGAGAGGGAGGCCAAAUUGAAAGCCUUGACAGCCAAUAUUAAGCAGAGUCAAGAUAAGUCGAUGCCAGUGCGACAAACGAAAUUGGCCUAUAUUGAUAGUGUGGUCAAGCCACCGAGGAAUAUUGCGAGAAAACAGGCUAGAAACGGUACUAUCUUGGAUUCCCAAAGACCUGCUCAAACGACCCAGGAAAGAUUAACUCAAAUAGCCAAAGCUGGUGAAGCUGGGAAAGUUGUUGUGCCCAAACCAGGACGACCCGUUUCUGAAAGAAGUAGUAGCAGCCAGCUUAAACCCAAAAAAGCUCCAUUAAUGGCCAAAACUUUAUCACUACUUAAAAAUAGGUUUGGACGUCGGUAAUUUUUAAUAUAUUUUACCCCUAUGGCUUUUGGCAAGAGGAACUCAUGGAUGAUAGAUUUAACUAGAAAAUUUUAGCAGUGUAGCCAGAUUUAGCUCAAAUUUAGACCUAGAUUGUCGUAGAUUUACACCACACUUCACCUUUUUACUUAUUUUAUGACGAUAUAUUUUUAUUCAAACAUAAACCAUGAAAAAAAAAUAUGGCUUGCUUUGCUUGAAGCCACUUUCCUGAUUUUUGAAAGUAAACUCUUUUUAUCAAAGUUUUAACAUUUACAACCCUUUUUUUCAAGUUUUAAUUUUAAUUGUAUUGUGUGUUUAAGAGUAGGUAGUAGGUAAUUAUUAUUAGUUCCUAAAAAAAAUCUUUUAAACAAGUUUUACACAUUUGAAUCUAUUAAAUAUUGUUGUUUAAGCAGCAAAUUGUGUGAUAAAAUGGCUCAUUAUUGAUAAAUAUUGACUGAAUAUCUUAGUACAAAUGUGUAAAAUUGAUAUUGAACAGGUUUUUGAUAAUUGUGACAUUGUAAAGAGAUUAUAUUAUUUAUUAUACCAAUUAAAAAAAAAACUGUUGUUAUUUAUUGUAAGUAGAAUUAUUGGCUUAAACCUACUUAGACUUAAGUAUGUACGUAUACAAUUUUAAUUGUAAAUAAAAUUAUUUUAAUAUAUGAAUGAGUCAAUUUA